AUGAAGGAAGACUAAGUAUCAUUAGUUAGAUAUUUUGCAGAUGUGAGUAAAUUGGUAACCAUUUGUUAUAAAUUGUCAUUGGAAAAACAAGAUUUAUUAAAAAAAACAUAAUAUCAUCAAGAAUCUUAAUCAUAAAAUUAAUAGAAAAUACCUAUGAUGAUGGAAUUAUCUGAAUAAUUCAGUAAUAAGUCUAAAUAUAAUUAAUAAGAUUUAGAAAGUCAAUAGAAGAAUUAAGAUGAAAAAUUAAAUUUAACUAAGACUAGAUCAGGAAAACAUUUUUAUAAAAGAUUAAUUCUAAAAACAUCUAAGAAAGAUUUAUAAGAAAAAGAAACAUUUGAUUGUCAAAAAUGUGAUAAGAAGUACUUUCAUAAGAAAUCUUUAAUACGUCACAUAAAAUGGAAUCAUUAAAUCAUUAAACUAACAAAUUCUAAAAAAAAAAAAUGA